AUGGUUCUUCAAUAUGCAGAGAGUGGAAAUUUUGAUAAUUAUAUUAAUGAUAUUAUAAAUUGGUUUUGGUUUGAAAAAUUGAUAGCAUUGGGCAAUAUUAUUAAAGGUCUAAAAAAAAUUCAUGAAAAUAAAAUGGUUCACCGUGAUUUCCAUACUGGAAAUAUAUUAACUUCAUCUAGCCUUACCUUAAGAUAUGCACUUUCUGGCAAUACUUCAAGUUUUAUAUAUAUUUCAGAUAUGGGAUUAUGUGGAGAAGUUAGUAAUACAGAUGAAAAAAAAAUUUAUGGAGUUAUGCCUUUUGUAGCACCUGAAGUAUUGAAAGGAAAUCCUUAUACUCAAGCAGCAGAUAUAUAUAGUUUUGGUAUGAUUAUGUAUUUUAUAGCAACUACAAAACAACCUUUUGCCAAUUGUGCACAUGAUAAUAUUUUAGCAUUAAAUAUAUGCAAUGGAAUUAGACCUGAAAUAAAUGAAAAGGAAGCUCCAAAAUGUUAUAUUGAUUUAAUGAAAAGAUGUUGGGAUUCAAAUCCGGCUAAUAGACCAAGUGCUAUUGAAAUAAGUGAAUUGGUUGAAUUAUUUGAUAAAUCUUGCGAUGGAACAAAUGAUGAGAAGAUUGGAAAACAAUUUGUUGAAGCAGAAGAAUAUAGAAAAGCAAAUCUUUUAUCAAUUAAAAAUGGCAAAUUAACUACUCAACAUCCACAAGCUUAUUAUAAUUCUCGACUUCUUAAUCCAUUUACCAAAGAUCUUUCAAAAUAUGACAAUAUUAAUAAUAAUUCGGUAGAAAUUAUUGAUUUUAUGAAGAUAUCAAUAGAAGAUGAAAGUAAAGAUAAACAGUCAGAAGAAAAAUCAAAAGUUUAGAAUAAUGGUUUAAAUAUGAAUUAUUUAUAUACAUUUGUAGUAUGUCGGACUACCUAUAUAUGUGUAAGAUCACCGCUCAUUAUGUCUCACUUUAUAAAUAAGCAAGAUAAAAAUAGAAUAGUUAACAGUUAUGAUACUUUGAUAACAGAAUGGUAUAACAAGUAUCACAAAGUUAUUUUUUUGCUUCAAAUUUACAAUGAUUUCCAUUUCUUAGUUAUAUUUAUAUAUUUGAACAUUAAAUAUUCUUUUAUUUGAUAUAGUUUUU